AAGAACAAUAACAGACUAGGAGUACAGAGUGUCAUCGACGAAGAUAACGAUCCAACUACCGCUAAUGCCAAAGGGUCUAUGGAACCAUAUGGAGCUUCCAGCGCUGACUCCUCUUCAGACGAUGAAGACAGUGAUGGCUCCCAUAACUCGUUCUUCAUGUCAGUUUCGAUGAUUAUCGUGUCUGAGAUUGGUGACAAGACAUUUUUGAUUGCAGCAUUGAUGGCGAUGAGAAACUCUCGUUUGGUGGUAUUUUCCGCUGCUUUUGCAUCUCUUGUCGUCAUGACAGUGUUAUCAGGUAUCGUCGGCCAUGCCUUACCUUCGUUGAUCUCUAGAAGAUUGACCCAGUUCUUGGCUUCUAUAUUGUUCCUUGUAUUCGGAGCCAAAUUGUUGAAUGAGGGUUUGGCUAUGUCUAAAGAAUUGGGUGUAGACGAAGAACUUCAGGAAGUCGAGGAUGAAAUCGCUUCUUCCAAAUUGAAUGCCCAAAUGGACGAUGUAGAAGGUGGAGCUUCCGAGAUUUCAGCUCAGAAGCAAUGGUAUAUAGAAAUAGGUGGCCAGAUCAAAGACUUGGCUUCGUUUGUGUUGUCGCCCAUCUGGAUUCAAGUGUUUGUGAUGACUUUCUUGGGUGAAUGGGGUGACCGUUCCCAGAUCGCAACUAUUGCUAUGGCUGCUGGAUCUGACUACUGGUUCGUUAUCUUGGGUGCUAUCGUGGGCCACGGACUCUGUACCGCUGCUGCUUGUAUCGGAGGUAAGUUGUUGGCCAAAAAGAUCUCCAUGAGAAACGUCACUUUAGGAGGCGCUGCAGCCUUCUUUGUGUUUGCUAUCUUGUAUUUCUACCAAGCUUAUUAUGACAUCGAAGGUUAA